UCACAUUCGAACAGUUGUUUUAACUAUGUUGUGCUUUUCAACUCUUCUCGCUAUACUCGGACUACUCCUCGCCGUAGAUUCAUCUGUCGACGAGCCCGGACAAAGACUGGUAGAAAGACGCUACAGGGGAUUAAAGUUCGGAGCUACAAACCAGGACUACGUUCUCUUCAAGCCAAGAAUGGAACCAGUACAGGAAUCCUACUCGCUGUGCGGAUGGGUAAAGAAGAUACUAUCUGGUGAAAGAAAGUACUGGUUUGCUUACGGAACAUCUAGUGAUGUCAAUGAGAUUUAUUCAUCAGAUAACGGAUUCUUCCGCACGUUGAGCACCUAUGUAGAUACGAGGAGCAAGGUAACUGAGCAGCUAGGAACAUGGAGACAUGUCUGCAAUACGUGGAGUCUCACUACUAGAACAGUUAGUGUGUACUAUGAUGGGUUACUUCUCGGAUCAGUCACAACCCCCUCUGGUAAGAGGCUUGGUCUAGACGGGUAUGUUAUACUGGGCAAUGAGUUUAACUCAUACGGAAGUAACUUUAUUUUUCCAUUUGGUGGUGAACUGUUCAAGGUGAACAUGUUUGAUAAAGAACUGAGUGCUGCUGAAGUGAACGAAAUGGCGGACGGAGGUCUCUGUUCAGAAGUAGAAGAUAAAUAUGGACGAAGUAGGUAUCUGAAAUGGGAAGACAUGCUUCUUGAGGAGAAAUCAGGAGAUGUCACUGAGAUCGACGUUGGCUGCACCCCUGAACCAAAAGAGAAAGAUGAAGUGGUAGAAACCAACAGUACAGAGGACUGUGAAUGUGAGCAGGGGAACGGAACAACAUUCAGCCGCUGGGACCUGCUACGAGGAGAGAAGUUCUUCAACAAGACGGUCUCCGUGGAGUUAGUUGAAGAACUGAAACAGACAUGGGAAAUUCUAGGAGAUUUCAAAGGAGCAACAGUGACAGAAAGGUUUAUCUCCCACUUCAAGUUCUUUCACGACGGGCAAACUUGCAGCUGAUUGGACUGAAUACUCUUCAGUGUGUAACAUGUAACCGAGGACAUAGUAAUUGUAAACUUCAAAUAAUUGAAUACGAACAGUUUUGUUUGAUCUCAAUCAGUUUUUAAUCGUUUUACAGUCUUUUAGUUUAAAACUACGAUUGAACUAACCGAGUCAUUAAUGAUUUCGUAAGUUUUUUUUUUCUAAUUUAGUAAGUUUUUUUAAGUUAGUUACAAUAACUUGUUAAACAUUACAUUUAUGAUCUUUAAAUUGGAUUGGAGAACACGUUUUUCCGCUCAAAACUUAGCGAGACGUGACAAUGGCUCGAUAAUAGAUACGCUAAAAAUUCUGUUUAUAAUUACGUCAAUAAUUACAUUGCUAACUAUUCUAUAAAUUACGCUAAUAAUUACAAGUUGGUUCUUUUCUACUCAUCGUGUGUUGUGUAAUACAAAGUUAUCUGUUUGUAACUUACUGUUUAAUUCGAUACGAAUUUCUAU